GUUUCGUGAAUGUUGUGCCAAUAAUGAGAUAGUGGUGUCUUGUGAUGUGGUUGUGGAACAUGUGGGACGUGUUAUGGGUGUUGGAAGCAUUGGCACUGACCAUUGGAGUGGGAUCAUCGCCAUUAGACCCUAGUUUACCAAUAACAGGAGGUGUAUCUCUGACGCCGUUUGUGCGUCAUUGGCAACCAGCAGAGUACCAUCCUGUUGUGGAACUCCGACGGAAACGAUCAACAUCACGUCAACCACCCCCCAAGCAACCACUGCGGUUAUCAUUCAAAGCGCAUAACAGGGUAUUUCGGCUAGUGUUGCAACCCGACCCAGGGUCGGUAUUCGCUGACGACGUCCAGUUUCACUCCACAUCUGGUCCGCUAAGCUACAACACAGCUCUUGUGUACUCCGGGAAGCUGGAAGAUGACGAAUCAUCACAUGUGUACGGUGUGAUCACGGCAGAAGGACUCUUCGAUGGUACAAUAUGGACUGCUUCUGAGGAAUAUUAUGUGGAACCUCUCACUCGAUACAAUUUCGAACAUCCCUCAAUGCACAGUGUGAUCUACCGACGAUCUGAUGUCGAACAUCCCGAUGAUAACAGAAAUGCAUCCAACUGUGCAUCGCACUUACUGCACGUUAAAGGCACUGUUGGAAAACACGGAGAACUCUUCAACUUCACGGAAGAAACACCAAACAAAAAUAUACCAUUUAGUAAUAAGUCCGAUGAUUUAAGUUCCGAAAUAAACAGACGGAAGAAGCGAUGGCUUCCCGAAGACGAAAUGCAGGAUGAUCAACCAAAGAAAAAUCCAGAAUUACCUUUAGACUUAGAUGUUCCGUAUACAAGUAAUAGCGAUCCGUUCGACAAAUCUAGCACUAGGAAGCCAAAAACAAAAAUUGAUAAAAGCAACUUGAUCACAAAAGUGCGUCUUGAUAUGGAAGAAUCGAGACCUAAGCCAAAGACGCACGUGGAAGUGAUAAAAACAAAAGCGGGUGUAGUGACAGUUAGUAAAGACAUCGUCAAGAAAGAGCCUGUUGGGUAUACAGUUUUAUCGGCAAACGCUAGCGACGAUGGCAGACAUGUUAAUAAACGUGCCACUGUAGACCCGAGAAAAACAACUUGCCUAGUUUAUUUGCAAGCCGAUCAUAUGUUUUAUCAACGUUACGGCUCCGAGGAAUCUUGCAUAGAAGUUAUGACACGCCACGUGCAGAAAGUAAACGCUAUUUAUAAAGUAACAGAUUUUAAUCAAGAUGGAAAACCGGAUAAUAUUACUUUUAUGAUAAAAAGGAUCAAAGUACACACUCUAGACGCGCUCAAGGACCCUGCCUACAGGUUUCCAAAUAAUUAUGGCGUUGAAAAAUAUUUGGAACUCUUCUCAGAGGAGGAUUACGAUGCUUUUUGUCUUGCCUACAUGUUUACGUAUAGGGACUUUGAAAUGGGCACCCUGGGAUUGGCCUGGACGGGCGAUUUGAAGAACGCAGGCGGUGUUUGCGAGAAAAAUGGACAUUACCGGGGUAGCAUGAAGUCGUUAAACACGGGGAUAGUAACCCUGCUGAACUACGGCAAACACGUUCCACCUGCUGUCUCGCACGUCACGCUCGCACACGAAAUUGGUCACAAUUUUGGAUCACCGCAUGACCCUGAAGUGUGCACCCCUUUUGGCGAAGACGGCAACUAUAUCAUGUUCGCCCGAGCAACCAGCGGCGACCGCAAGAACAAUAAUAAAUUCUCGCCAUGUUCACUGCGCGCCAUAGACCCCGUACUCAACAACAAAGCACGCUCUUCUAAGGGAUGUUUCACAGAACCGCAGCCAGCUAUUUGCGGGAACGGCGUGGUGGAGGAGGGGGAGGAGUGUGACUGCGGUUGGGCCUCCGAGUGCACCGAUGUGUGCUGUCGACCGCAGGCCGUCCGGCCACAUUACAAGCCGUGCACGCUCACCGAGCACAGCGUCUGUAGUCCUAGUCAGGGUCCGUGCUGCACGGCGUCGUGCACGCUCAAGUUCGGCGACAAGUGCCGCUCGGACAACGGGUGUCGAGACGCGGCGCACUGCGACGGGAAACGUGCUGCAUGCCCGACCAGUCGCCACAAGCCCAACCGCACCCGCUGUGACAAGGAACUCGUCUGCUUCAUGGGAGAGUGUACUGGUUCGAUCUGCCUGGCGUACGGGCUGGAGUCUUGCCAGUGCGCGGCGAGGGCGGAUGACCCACGUGCGGCCUGUGAGCUGUGCUGCCGUCGUCCUGGGGCGCCCUGUCUAUCGUCCUUCCACUGGAACACGCCCCCCUACGACGUCCCCGACAUGUAUGCCAAGCCUGGCACGCCUUGCAACGACUAUAACGGGUACUGCGACGUGUUCCAACGCUGUCGGGAGGUGGACCCAUCAGGUCCGCUGGCCACUCUCCGGAGGCUGCUGCUGUCCGACGAGAGCAUCGCAGGGUUCAAGCGCUGGGUGCUGCGGCACUGGUACGCGGUCCUCCUCAUACUGCUCGCCGUUAUUGCUCUCCUGGUGGCCAGCACGCGCCUGUUCGGUCGCCACUCCAAGAAGAUCAAGUCCGUCACAAUCAUCCACUCGUCCACCACAGAAACCGUCCGGCUGCCUGACGGCCCCGACCAGAUGAUCGUUCACACCGCUGUCAGGUCUAAGCUUCCUUUGAAGAAGAAAGUAGCGCUGCGAACUCGGUCGUAUCGCAGCAAGAAGGAACAGUCGAACAAACACGGGGAUAAGGCGUCUCCCUCACACACCACCAAGAAUGGAAAGAAGAGGAAACCAGCGACGCAAGUGAUAGAAGACAAUGACAAGGUGAACAAGGAAGCAACAGCCGUCGUCACGAACCCGGACGGGAAGUCACCCAAACACGUGAUCCUGUCCAAACAUAAAGGCAAAGUCACCAAACGUAAAGUCAAAGUUAAGAAAGAGACCAUAGACUACAGCUCAAUGCAGAAGCAUUCCUCCUCGCCGGCGAAGGACACAGAAGCGCUGUCUAAAGUACAGAAAUGGCUUCUUACCUUACCACAGCCAGCUGUCAUUCCAAAAUCAAAAUCAAUACCCGUAGGCUUAACAGAAAGGAAUCACCGACAAACGGCGAAAAGCACAAGAAAAACAAGGCCAUCUAAAAGUGCCACAAACCUGUUCUCAGGAGAGAAGGCGAGGCUACAGGUUGUCUUCAAACCCCCCUUCCGAUUUAGUGUUAAAAUUUGUAAAAGUGAUAAAACUAAAGUUGUGUUAGAUAAGUCUUCCAAACCUGAAGUGGAUAGGAAACGCCAUGAAUCUUCCCAACUAACUUCAGUGGAAAAUGGGAAACUCAAUAUAAAUACUAAAUGUAAAGCCAUUAAGAGCACAGUAGACAACACAACGAACUCACCCGUAGAUAUAGCUCAGAAUAAAGACGUUCCAGAUCACGGAUACGAAAAUAUGCUCCCACGGAGCGCCAGCGAUUGUAAAUUAGGUAAAGUGAUUGAAACCAAACGAAAUGGCCAUAAGAAAAGUAACUCUGUGGGUCACAAACGCGAAACGACAGAGAGUAGACAGAACUUGAUAGCUCAAGACGACCUCGAUAAUGCGCACGUGUACGAAAACGUUUUAGUGUCGCAAGACGCGUUCGUGCCGAAGAGCUGCAGUAUGCCACGGCGGCAGACGUCGGCUCUCAUAUCCCGACAGAGCAGCUACGGUCACCUGCCUCGAGCGCAGGUUCGCCCGCAACGACACAGUACCAACAAUGUCAACAGGUCUCGCAACAACAGCAGUUGCGACAUCGAAAACUUCUACAACAUUAUUGAAACUCUGAGGAGGAACACGAACGAAGCGAGCGAGGGGAAUGCUUGCAACACGAACACUAGUAGUUCCUCGGGAAGCAGCCACGAGUUAGUGCCGCGGUGUAAGAGUAGAACACGACAGAACAGUCUAGUCGACAGAUCCUCGCAAGCCAAACUGAAGAGGCAGCUGAGUGAAGUGGAGUUGAAUUCGAAGGAGAACCUGAAGGGCUUCCAGUUGGUUGUUGGAAAGGAGAGGUUAAAGCGACAGUUGAGCGACAAUGAGUUAGCGAGGUCUCGGCUGCAGUUAGCCAUGCCGAUGUCUGCCGGCGCUGAGCCCAGGCAACCCUUCUGCUGGAACAAACGUGCCAGCUUAGAUUGUGAAGCAUCCAUCCCCGGCACCAAACCCAGCAAACCGCGAACUAACUCCAAACGCACCACGUACACAUUUGGCGAACUCAAAAACACUGUCCCGAACUCCACAGACGCACCCGCGACUGACAUUAACAUUACUCCCGAAGAGUUUCUCAAAAUAAUCGACAAUUAAUGUACCGGAAGACGUAGUGUUGGUAGGCCACCCACAAGACAGACGGACGAUCUGGUCAAGGUCGCCGGAGUAGAUUGGAUGAGAACAGCGCAGGACCGAUCGUCAUGGCCAUCACUGGGGGAGUCCUUCUUCCAGCAGUGGACGUCUUCCGGCCGAUAUGAUGAUGAUGAACAUUCCCGUAGAGAUAAGUUUUAACGAACAAAAUUAAAUGUAUGUGUAUAUUAAUCCUGUACGUAUUGCUGUUGUAAAUAUUGUAAUUUGCUAAAUUAAGUCGAAACUGCCACUGAAACAAACCAUUGCUGAGUUCAAGCUGGAUUUGAGAUUUUAUUUUACUGUUAGCAUUCUUAUUACCAAUUAAUAUUGUAUUGACUAGCAAUGGUCUUGUUUCACUGUAUUUACGAUCUCUUCAAAUGAAUCUCUAUUUUUUCUACUAUGUACCUAUUGUACAGAUUACUUCAUACCCGUGAAAAGUGUUCAUUUAUGUAGUUUAUUUUAUUCAUAUAUAAGAUUCUUUGCGGAUAUUCAAACUAUUGUUUUCGCCUUUGUGACAGAAAAACAGUUUUGAUACUUUAUGUAAGUCAUAGAUCAAAACAGCUUUAAAGCGUAUUGUAAAAAAACACGUGGAAAAUAACUAGAAAUUCCAUCAGAUGACGUCAGCGGGCGUUUUUGGCUGCAACACAGUUUUGAUACUUUAUGUAAAUCAUAGAUCAAAACUGCUUUAAAACGUUUUAUAAAAAACACGUGGAACAUAACUAGAAACUUCGAUCAAAUGACGUCAGCGGGACGUUGUGACUGUAAAACAGUUUUGACACUUUAUGUUAAUCGGAUCUUAUCUCUCAAGUCAAUACAAUAUUAUAUUCGCAAAUUGUGUUAUAAAGCAGUGUUCUAUCUAAAAAUUAUUAUUUUCCUCCAUCAUUUCUCAGACUUGUGGUAGGCGUUAUUUGGAUAUUUAUAUAAUGUAUUAAACUAUAGUAUAUUAAAUGUGCUAAGUACAAUAACAUUUGCUUAUUGAUUAAGCUUUCUAAUUGAUAUUAUUUUUAAUGCCUGUCAAUUAAAUGUGUCAAUCAAAUAAAUAUUUUAUGAAAUUA